UCUUUUCACAUUGUCAGUUUCUCACUGAGCACCAGCUGAUGCUAAAAUCUUGAAUUUUUAUUUAGCUAUAAAUAUCUUGAUAUCAAAAAAUGUUGAUGGCAUUAACUGACUUGGUGAUCGCCUCCCAAGCUAAACUUUUCUUGUGAAGGCUAGCUGGGUUUGUUGAGCGGUCUUGCAAGUCUUUAUUUAUUCUCUUUCACAAGAUUGAGAAUCAUUAUUCUCUGCUCGUGCGUGAGUGGCGAGGCCCGGUCACAGCUUCUUCCCUCCAUUCUUGUAGCGCGCACUGUGGUUUUGUUGUCGUUCGUGGAGCUCAAAUCCGGAUUACAGUCAUACCAAUACCGAAACAACUGUUACCAACUCAUGCUAGCAGCAGACCUUCCACGGUGACUCUUGGUACGGAUUGAAGAUAGUGGUGAGGGAACCAUGAGGUAAUGGAGGAGGCAGUGACUUGCUUCGUGUGCUUCAAGGUGUACCAGCAGGGCACCCGCGACCCACUGGUAUUGCCAUGCGGCCACACCUUCUGCCGUUUCUGCAUAUCGGCUGUUCACAACACAUCGCGGGGAAACCUGAUUUGUCCAACCUGUCGAAAGGAUUCCGGUAUUGUGGACAUUAGCCAGCUUCCCAUCUGCUAUCCGCUGGCCAGCCUGUCCUCCAAUUACAACGACAUGAAGUUUGGAUGGUGCAGAAACCACAAGGAGGAGCACCGCUUCUGGUGCGAGGAAUGCGGAGUGCCACUGUGUUCUCUGUGCCUCUAUGCGAACCACCAGCAAGGCCACUCCGUGUUGCCCAUCAAGACGGUCAUGGAGAACAAGAAGGCACGUCUCAACAAGCAGCUAGCACACCUGAGUGACGAGAUGAUGCAAGGCAGAGGAGAGAUAUACUAUUUGUACGACUACCUGACCACCAAAAUGAAGCAGGUACUGAGCCUGGAGGAGAAAAUCGACCUCCUGUCAGCCGACACUGAUGAAGCCCGUAGUGUGGAGGACAUCUUGGAGUGCGAGACUAAAGUAAAAGUUGUGGCGGAAGAAAACAAAACGUGGCUGCCAAUGAAACUGUGCGACAUUGAAAAGAAACUUAAGAAUAUGAAACUCGGUAAUGUAACUUUUAUCGAAAAUCUGGAAAACAGCGAGUCUCAAGCGUCACUGCAGCCGCUGGAAGGGGAACACCACGACACGCGGCGCAUGAGGCUGGACUAUCGAGAGGGUCGUCUUCUGCUGCACUCCACCUCUCACCCUGCUGACGGCUACUUAUCUGUCAAGAUGCCGUCCGAGGUGUUCUUGGAGCUGGGAGUGGGCGGCAUUUGUCUGGGCCGAGUCUAUAUCAGCCUGUGGAGUCACCUACGCCGAGCCCAACAGUUCCUGGCACUCUGCAUGGGCACGAUGGGACCAUCUUACGUCGGGUCUUGCUUCAGUCACGUGGCGUACAAGGGCAGGCCGAAAGAAACGCUGUGCUGCAGAGAAUACUGGACGGAAAGCGACGGACGGGGCAUGAAGGAGCUGCUGGCUGACCUGGAGUGGGAUGACCAGUACAGCAAGGAGCCGCGCCAGGGACUCCUCAUCCCACUCAGCAAGCUCAUUGACCAGCACGGCUUUGGCAUCUGCACGAGAGGUCAGACAGGCGCCACCUUCCCCUGUCCCUUCGGCGAGGUGGUGAGCGGCAUGAAUGUGGUGAGCGCUGCCGUGAACCAUCACCCAGUCAAGGAGGUCAUCAUCACGCACUGUGGUCUCGUGCUCCCAGAACUCUCGUUGUGAGUCACUGAAAAAUGCUAAAACUAUGAUCUGGAGCUGCUUGCCCUCUAGCCACGUACUCAUGACUUUGUAUUGACUCAGUGGCGAAGUGAAGGAUGGUGAAGGUGCAGCUUGAGUACCUGUCUCAACGAACUGAAGGGAAAGUUAUCAUACUUGGCCCUGCUGGUUAUGUCAAAUACAAGUCAAAGAUCGAACGUUUCCCUGAGAUGUGUGAUGUUACUUUAGAAGAAAACUGUGAUAUUAUACUUUAUGGAAAUAAUUAAACUAAUCCACCUUGCAAAGAACCGUAAUGGUCAGAGCUCUGGUCACUACAGGUUAAACAAGGGAAGUUAUAGAAGGUAUAUACCGCUAAGCUCUUUUCUGUGCCCUGGUCGAACUGCCGCUGCCAUCGCUACCACUUACAGACCCGAGUGAUGGAGCUGUGCCUGUGUCGCUGAAUGGAGCCAAGACACCACGGAAGGUUCAGUAUGUGCUGCGGUGGCAAUUUUAAGGCAGUGAUUUCGCCUGUUAAUUAAGCGGAGGACAUGGAUAGUGUUGUAAUGUUAUAGUUUUGUUUGGUGUUACCGUUAUAGUUAUAGUUACUGUUAUUACGAUUACUUUUAUUAUUAUUAUUAUUACUAUUAUUGUUGUUAUUGUAAUUACUGUUAUUAUCAUUAUUAAAAAGUAGUACAAU